AUGGGAGACUUCGAGAAGCAGGUCCGCUCGGGCGAGGCGCAGCAAGUCACCCGCAACCCCGACUGGAACUAUUCUCUUUGCGACUGUUGCUCUCCGGGCUCACUGUGCCUGACCAGUUGUUUUCUCCCUUGCUUGGCCUUUGGUAAAACCCAAUCCCGACUGCAGAACCCGAGCCUCGGAGACUACAGCGCUAUCAACGGCGAGUGUGCGAUUUACACUGUCCUCUCCUUUGGCUAUUUGCAUUGGAUCUAUCAGACAAUCAAGCGAGGGGAGAUGCGGCAGAAGUACGGGAUCCGCGGCUCCUGCUGCGGCGACUGCUGUGCGACCUUCUGGUGUGGCUGCUGCACGCUAGUUCAGGAGGAAAAGGAGGCCGAGCUGCGCACGAGGCCGGAGGUGGCAGGAUACCAGAUGGGGCCCCAGAUGAUGUAUUCACGAUAGUUGGCCAGCGAUCGACGUGCUGAGUCCAGAUCGCACCUGUCUGCUGAACAAACUCGGACCAGUGUUUGUAUGUACGUGUGCGUGUGUUC